GCUUGGCGAGUGGAUCCAGCGGUGUUUCGUGCGCCCUGCAGGCACAGGCUCCAGACUGUUGGAAAAGCCUGCUGGGACAUGUCAUCAUCGCUCGAUGCCUGGUGCUUGAGAGAAAUUUGGCAGCACAAGAGCCCCUCUGAGCAAGUACAGGAUGUCACUGGGAAUCAGAGCCUCGACAGAUUCAGACUUCCUGUGGUUCUAAAUGCUCUGUCCUGUGCAGUGAUAUCUUGUCCCUCUGAUAAACUGGCAUUUUAUCUGACCACAACAGAAGGACACUGGAGGAAACAUCACUGGCAUCCAAGGCCUAGAGGAUUGUCCCACCAUACCAGGAAACCUCUGACUGUUCUUUGAAAUGCUGAGAAACUUGUUUCGGAGGAGACUUUUUUCUUAUCCUACAAAAUACUACUUUAUGGUUCUUGUUCUCUCUCUAAUUACUUUCUCUGUUUUAAGAAUUCACCAGAAGCCUGAAUUUGUUAGUGUCAGACACUUGGAGCUCGCUGGAGACGAUCCCCAUAGCAAUGUUAAUUGCACCAAAGUUUUACAGGGUGACCCAGAAGAAAUCCAGAAGGUGAAGCUUGAGAUACUAACAGUGCAAUUCAAGAAGCGCCCCAGGUGGACACCGCAUGAUUAUAUAAACAUGACCCGUGACUGUGCCUCUUUCAUCAGGACACGCAAAUAUAUUAUGGAGCCCCUUACUAAAGAAGAAGUAGGCUUUCCAAUUGCAUAUUCCAUAGUGGUUCAUCAUAAGAUUGAAAUGCUUGACAGGCUCCUGAGGGCCAUCUAUAUGCCUCAGAAUUUCUACUGCAUUCACGUGGACAAAAAAGCAGAGGAAUCCUUUUUAGCCGCGGUGCUGGGCAUCGCAUCCUGCUUUGAUAAUGUCUUUGUGGCCAGCCAGUUGGAGAAUGUUGUUUAUGCAUCCUGGAGUCGAGUUAAGGCUGACCUCAACUGCAUGAAGGACCUGUAUAGAAUGAGUGCAAACUGGAAGUACCUGAUCAAUCUUUGUGGUAUGGAUUUCCCUAUUAAAACCAACCUGGAAAUUGUCAGGAAGCUCAAGUCCUUCACAGGGGAAAACAACCUGGAAACUGAGAAGAUGCCUCCCAACAAGGAAGAGAGAUGGAAAAAACGAUACACCAUUGUUGAUGGAAAGCUGACAAACACUGGAGUAGUCAAAGAGCAGCCUCCACUCAAAACCCCUCUCUUUUCAGGCAGUGCCUACUUCGUGGUCAGUAGGGAAUAUGUAGGCUAUGUGCUGGAAAAUGAAAAUAUUCAAAAGUUCAUGGAAUGGGCACAGGACACAUACAGCCCAGAUGAGUUCCUCUGGGCUACCAUCCAGAGGAUCCCCAACGUCCCUGGCUCUCUCCCCUCAAGCCAUAAGUAUGACUUGUCUGACAUGAAUGCUGUCGCUAGGUUUGUCAAGUGGCAAUACUUCGAAGGUGAUGUUUCCAAUGGCGCACCUUAUCCACCGUGCAAUGGAGUCCAUGUGCGCUCUGUGUGCAUUUUCGGAGCUGGUGACUUGAGCUGGAUGCUGCACAAGCAUCACUUUUUUGCCAAUAAGUUUGACAUGGAUGUCGACCCCUUUGCCAUCCAGUGUUUGGAUGAGCAUCUGAGGCAUAAAGCCCUGGAGGCCUUAGAACACUAAGCACUGUUGGCUGUCCUGGGGAAGAUGAGGAUGUACAAACUGUACCCUCAUCUGCUUCCCUUCUCUCCUAUGGGGUCCUCCUUGGGGUGAUGACUUUAAAGUUUCCUGUCAGGGAAGCUGCAUGAAUCCUACAGAAUAUCGUUACAAGAGAGACUGAUACAUUAAGUGUUCUAGAGUAAAUGUGAGGACUGAGUUAGUUACGGGAAGAUUUUAUGGACAGGGGGAUCCAGGUGAUUGGGAGAGAGACCAAUGGAAAACAUCAGCCUCAAGAACUAAUCAAAGAACCCAGGUACUUAAUCUAAAUGACAUUUGAUUUGUGCCAAAAGUCUCUUGAGAAUUUUAAACACGAUAAUUUUCUUGACAUGAAUAAAUUUGUAGCAAUAACCAAUCACAAAGAUAUGAUUUUAUCUUGUAUGGGGUUUUUUUGAUUUUACUCUAACUUAUCUUUGUAAAUAAUUUCCUUCCUGCUGUGAUUUUGGGUAGUGAGUCUCCACACAUUAUCUCAGGGAGCUUAAAAAAAAAUAUGUUUGGCACGAAUAGCCCUGUCUUAAUUUUUGCUUACAACUACGCAUACAUGUUUUCAAAAGCAAAGUGGAGAAAGGACAGUUUCUAGUUCACCGAUUUCUAUGAAUAUUCUUCAGUUACUAAGAAGGACCCAGCUGGGUAUGUGGCCUGUGAUGAAGGAGGAUUAUUUAAGCUCAUGUGAUAGUGGCCAGGCUGGGCAAGAUAACAAAAACUCAUCUCUUUAAAAAGGAGAAGACAUCAACUCAAUUUUACAGAUACAUAUUUUUUCUUUGUCUUGUCUUCCCAGACUGCAUACUGUCAAGCUGCACACACAUUGCUGUUUUAGGACCCUAUAUCUGUGUUUUGGGUCUUUGACCCAGUCACCUGUAACUAGUGCAGAAAACUAGGGAGGGCCAAGUUGGCAUCCAAGGGAAGCAGGGAAUCUACUAAGGCCGAUGCUCAGCCCCUGGCACAAGUUUAAAGCCAGCAAUUGGCACUGUCCCAAGAAAUUAAGGCUUCUGCCUACUGGAUCCGAUUGUGUCUCAGGUGGCAGCAUUCUGGCCUUGAGUAUUCAUGUUAUCUGCCCACUGGCUUUUCUUAACCUGCUAGUUACUAGUUUCUUCCUCUCUUGUGGCCUUGAUGAGGGGGAAAGAAGUAGAGAAGUAUGCUGUGUCCACAUGAGAUAUUUGAAAAGAGCUGUGUUUUCACUAAAAGACAAGGGUUUCUUCAGUUCUGUCUCUCUUCUCCAGUGCAGGGGGGUUGUUUGUUUGUUUUCCCUUAUUAUUUAGCUAAACCUAAACUGUUCAUUCAGAAUUCUAGUGAAUGUGAAGACUUGCCAUUUGAUUUUAAAUAAGAAUCAUUACCAUGUAUCUUUAUUUUUAAAACACAGCCAACUUUAAUAAUCCACAAGAAAAUCAUAGUAUCAGACAGUUUUAAGGCAUUGAACAGAGAAAGUAUGUUUUCUGCCUCAAAGCUAUGAAAUAUAUUUUUAAUGACAACUCGCAUUAGAAAAGCCGAAGAUCAGUAGAUAAGCUGGGUUUUGUGUUGGACCAAUAGAAACCAUGGACCACCAGCAGUGAUGGUGAUGCAGCUGAUGCUCUCUAUACUGGCUUCUGAUUUCUUCUUUCAAUUUGGACCCAGCAUUUGUCCAAUGGUUCUUUUAGUAGAAAGGCUUUUACUUAUGAGAUAGGACAUCUUUUAAAUCUCAAACCAGUAGUACCUGGUGACAUAUCAUUUGUGUAAACCACUGUGACUUAAGCAGUUUUUCUUUUUCCAUCUUGAAAACACAGGGUUAAAGCAGUAGUCUAGGGAUCCGACAAGCAGCAACCCCAACCUGGGGCCACCAGUGGUCAACACAUCCAGCCCGGUUUGCUUUAUACUAAAUGAACUCUUGAACUUUGCAGAACUGGAAAUUAAUUUUUUAAAUUACAAGUUCUUUUUUUUUUUUUUAAAUCAAUUAUUUGAUGUUAUUCAUCUAAACAUUUUUAUUGUAGUGGGGCUCCAUUUUCAGUUAAAUGGCAAGUUUGAGGAUAUUUUUAUUUUUAUUUUUUUACUUUUUGCCCCACUACAGGAAUAAAACUAGGAUUCUAAAAUUCCAGAGCCUCGAGUCAAUGCUGUGAAGCCUCCACACUUCGUGUUACCUCACCUUCGUAACAUUGCACUUGUUGAAUGAUGUCUGAUGCUGUGGUGUCCCAACGCCUGCCGCAGGACUUGUACAGUGUCUGUUUACCGUGAUUCAAUGAAUUUUAUUUUUAGAGUUUUUCCAUAUGACUUAAAGCAAAAGAAAUUCAUACAAUGGGAUAAAUAAUUCAAAGAACUAAAAAGGGAACUUGAAAGUAAAACCUUAAGACACUCCAGAAGAGUACAAUUCCAGUUCAUUUGGAGAAUUACAGGCUUUGUUUACAUUGAAGUCAUGUUUGUUAGUAAACACUAAUUUUAAUGCUAUUAUUGAUGUCUUUAAUAGAAAAUUUUUAGCAAUCACAUUCACAAAUAAAAUGGGAUUCUAGUUCUUAAGUCAAUCAAGAUUAUAUGUAUCAUUUGUUAGAAAUAAAUUAAUUUUAAAAGAUUAUUUUAUAGGCAAUUGCCUAGGUUCUUCUGAAGCCAAGGUUUAAAAUACAGAACAAAACAAAAAAUUGGUUUCAGCCUUGAAACCUGGGAACAUUAUUAUUUCUAAACAUGUGUUUGUGUCAUUUAUCUAGUAGAGUUCAUUUAAGUGACUAUUUCCUCUUCCCGUGAUUUUGGUUGGAAGAGGUUGUGUAGGGUAGGUGGAACUGAAUGUUUUUAGUUGCUUAAAUAAUCAUCAUCAUGAACUAUAAAAUGCAAAACUAUUUAUGUUUUUGAAUGAAUCAGUCAUAUCACCAAUAAAAUCUGUCAUUGAGAAACC